UCUCAGUUUAGAUUUCUUAAAGUUUUUUCUUGCCUGCUCUCACAUGCAAAUGAUGUGAACUGUGAAAACCUCCUUUUGUAAAUUCAAAUUUUUACUUCAAGAAGGAAUCUGAGUCACAACGAGCUAUGAGCAUCUCUUCUGAGCUUCUUGAAAUGAGGAAGGAAACUCAUCAACUGUAAACAAGGAGGCAGCAAAAGGAAAGAAAAAAUAAAAGCUCUUCAGACCAACGUGAAAAUGAUUCCUCUUACAGUGAGGUGGCUGGUAUUUCUGGCCCUAAUGAAAAAUGUUUCUGGGGCCAAAACCAAUCCCUUUGUCCUGGAAAACCUUAAUCUAACAGCUAAGGAGGGAUCGUGUGUUGAAAUUAAAUGUAAACCUAACACGGGUGUUGAAUAUUCUACUGCGGCUUACUGGUUUUGGAUGAAAGAUGCAAAGUGGUCGAAGGACGACUUCGAUGCCACAAUCGUUUACAGCACAGAUCUACAGAUAAAACCCAUCAGCACACAGUUCAGCAACAGAAGCACCGUCUCCCCACCGAAAAAUCACAAUAAACCUGAAGAAUUUUGCAACAUUGUGAUCUGUGACCUGAAUGAAACCGACAGUGGAGAAUAUAAAUUCAGAUAUGUAAAUGGAGAUGUUAAAUGGGUAACAGAUCCACCAACACAGCUAACAGUGAAAGAGAAUCCCUGCCCCAUCGCAUUCAACAAACAAGCGACUGUGACUGAAAACAAGCAGGUGACACUCACCUGUUCCACCUCGCCUUUUUGUACAUCACGCCCAGAAAUUUACAAUUCAACUCAAAGCCUUCUCACUCCUGGCGACAAAAAUUCUCAGACACCCAAUAGCAUCACACACAGCUUCAACGCCAGCUGGAUGAAUGAUGGGAAUGUGUUUUCAUGCCAAACAACUGGAAACUCCGACAAGUAUCUAAUCCGGAAUCUCACCUUAACAGUGAAGCAUGCUCCUAAAGAAGUUCAGAUUACAAAGAGCCACAAAACAGUGAAGGAGAACGACGUAGUGACUCUGAACUGUUCCGCCAAAGGUCAACCCAAGGUCUCCUUCAGUUGGUUCAAAAACAAUAGAACAAUUAACCAAUCAGGAGCUGAGGUGAAAUUCACAUCAAUUAAGGAAUCAGACAGCGGUUCGUACCACUGUCGAGCUACAAACACACUUGGAGUCAUCGAUUCCACUGAAAUGAGCGUUGAGGUGUUCUAUCCACCUGAAGUUACUGUGGAGGUCACCAAGAAACCAGCUAGAGAACCCCUGGAUCAUGUAUUAGAAGGAGACAAGGUCACUCUAACUUGCAAUGUGAAGAGAAGUAAACCAUCACCUACUAGAUUUACUUGGUUUAAAAACAACAGAAGGGUUUCAGAAGGGCAGAAGAAGUCAUAUGAUCUUCUCAGUGUAAAGCCAGAGAACUAUGGUGUCUACAGGUGUGAAGCCCGUAACUCUGUGGGUUCUCGGAAAUCGAACGACCGAUCUCUUGAUGUUCAGUACAAACCAAGAAGCCACAUUUCCAUCAUUGGUGCUUUUAAUGAUGACGUGAUAAUUGACAGCUCUGUCACGUUUACAUGUGACACUUCUGCAAAUCCAAGUUCAGGAUGGUACUCCUGGUACCGGCACCGUCGUUCUGACUCCUCAAAGCAGAAACCACUAGGAACCCACCAGCAGACUCUGAUCAUUAAAAGUAUUAAAAGAUCAGACGAAGCCUGUUACCUGUGCAACACGUCCAACGCCGUCGGUGAAGGCGAAAUGAGCAAACCAAAGUGCAUCCGAGUUCUCUUUCCUCCCACCAACGUCACGUUGUCUCUACCUCACAAAGUCACAGAAGGUCAAACCGUCAACAUCAGAUGCAGCGCUGAAAGUUCCCCAGCGUCGACGUUUCAGCUGCAAACAUCUCCGUCGUCAAAGAGUUUGAAUCCUAAGCUCGGUGACAAAGAGAACAGCGUCACCUUCACGUUAACUGCAACGUCAGCCGACGCGGUCGUCUUCACAUGCGUGGCAUCAAACAGCGAAGGAACCAACGUGAGCGCUGAAAGCAAAUUAAACGUUGAAUAUUCUCCCAAAGACGUGAGAAUAGAACCUCGGCCACGUCUCGAAGUGAAGGAAAAUGAGCCAUUCUCAUUGGAUUGCACGGGGCGAUCUAACCCAUCCAUUGAUUCAUACACGUGGAUAAAAAAUAAUGAAGAAGUAAAAAUAAACACCAAGAUCUACCUUGUGAACGCUACCAGCCCUUCUGACAGUGGAUGGUACAGCUGUGAAGCCAGAAACACACUUGGAACUGGAAAAUCUCAGCCUGUGGAGGUUAAGGUCAAGUAUGCCCCAAAACACGCAACAAUCAUGAGGGGAAAAGAAAAAAGUCGGUCCGAUGGGCGGCUUUCAGUUGAGCUGGAAUGCACCAGUCAGUCCUACCCUCAGGCUAAAUACUCCUGGUACAACACAACUACAAAUACCAAAUUCUCUGACAAGCAGACUGUGAUGGUGUACUCGCACCAACCAGGAGAGCUCUACUGUGUGGCAGCGAAUGAUUUGGGUACAAAAAACUCUGAUCCAAUCAGGGCGUUCCAUAGCGGAAUCGGGAGAACUGUGAGGAUCUUCUUUAUUUGCUUCGUUUUGGUCGUUAUAAUCCUAAUUUUCUUAGUGUACAGACACAAGAACAAAUACAAUCCCCGAGGCACAAACAUGGCCCCCUGCUGCGGUUUCCUGGUUUUUCAAAAGGAAUCCAGAAGAAGGAAGGGGAUGAACGAGACAAUAAUGACAGAACCGUCCAGGAGCAGAGAAGAACUUUUGGCAGAGCAGCUGCGUUGUCCUCAUCCAGACGCCACGCCUUCGACCGACACCAACAUGGUUUACGCUACCGUGAAUCUGCCACAAAGACAACAAGCUCCGUCUGCACCAACACCAGCGGGACAAAAGCAUGAAAACAAGAAUGAUGACUCUCUUAACUAUGCUUCUCUACACUUUGAGAAAAAGAAGAAACCUAACAAGGAUCCUGAGUGCUCCAGAGUCCGCAACUCAAAGUCCUCAGAAGACGAUGUUGUGUACUCUAAAGUGUGCAAACCAAAAGACAUGGAACAAGAGGACUAUGAGAAUGUGAGUCCAUUUAAGGUCAAACCUAAAAAUGAUUAUGACUCAGACACAAGUGAAGAGGAAGUGGAGGUUCACUACACUCAAGUGAAUUUUAAGGCAAAGCCUGGCCACCAGAAAACCACCAACCACUCCAGCAGCUCUGAGGACGGUAUUCAGUACUCUCAGGUUAAAUUAUGAGCUCAGAUGAACUCUUCCUAAUGGAAACACCCUUUUAACAAAGAACAUGUCUGUUUAAUUGUGGAGUUGUACAAUUAGUUUUAGUACUGAGAAUUUAUUUUCCUCCAAAAGUUCAUUUUAGUGCAAGAAAAAUGAUGAAAGUUCAGAAUUAACCUAGCAGCUGUCUUUUUAAAGCCGGAGCGAGAAACCUUUUUGUUAUUUUUCAAAUAUGACACCCAUCUGCUUGCAACAGGGAAUGCUGUGUUGAUUUAGCUUCCAGGAGAGAGCAGAGCACGUCUCGGUUAGUAGAAGCUAACCGUUAGCAUUAGCAACUCCACAACAUGGCAGAAUUCCUUCAGGCUUCUGUUAUUUGUGGAGCAAAAACAACAAUGUUGUAAAGCCAACAGUCAGUCGUAGAGUCACAUUUCUGCCAGCCAAUCAGAGGCAAGAUGUCUGACUACCAGGAAAUAAGAUUCUGCAUCCUGCUGUGUUUUGCUUGCCAAUCUUUUGGCUCACUUUGAGUUUCUGAAACAGUUUCUUUUGCUCUCAGAGAUCAACUCACAAGGUAUUCAUUUAGACUAGAAACUAGGGAUGUCCCGAUCCGAUCACAUGGUUGGAAAUCGGCCUUGAUCACGUGGUUUCAGACUCAAUCGGGAUUCGGGCUUUACUUCCCGAUCCAAACCCCGAUUCGGAGUUGGACACUGGGUUCAAAUUACAGGAGAGCAAACUGGUUCUCCUUAAAGGUUGUCAGGCUCCCCUGAUGCCCUUAACUUAAACACCCAGAAGAAGCUCAAAAUAGAUCCAGUUUCUACCUAUAUUAUAUUAUUUAUUUGGACUCAGAGUAGCGGGAUUGUUUUGAACAGAGAUGCAGAGAGCGGCAGGCAGACCGCUGAUUAUUCAUGAACUCCAGCUGCUUUCUGCACACGGCCACAGUAACAUUUUCUAAGUUUCUAAGUGGCGUCACCAAAAAUAUAUAAUUAACACACAGUCAUUCGUGUCCGUUCAUUUUCUCUCUGGUAAGUUCUGUCUGUAUUUGAGCAUGACGUGUGGACGCGCUCGCGCUGCAGCGCUCGUCACUGAUGCAGCCGGGCAGCGUGGCCCACACUCCGCUUUUUUUGCGGUCAAUAGAUCAGUUUGAUCUGCUAGUUAAAAAGUUACUUGUGAGGUGAAAAAGAAGGAAGCAGGCAGGAGUUUUUCUGGAGGACUGGGAGAUGCAGGAAGAUCAGAGACAGACAGGACAGGAAGAUAGGAAAAUAAAAACCAAGAAAACAAAACAAAGUUCUUAAAAAAAUAAAAUCUAGGUAGAUUUAUCCCACUACACGUUUGUACCUGUAUAAAGCAAUAAUUUAUCAGCAUGCAGUAUUUAUAUAGUUGAUACAAUUCAGAUCAUCUGCAAAACUCCGUCUCAUGCCCAGGGAUGUAUCUAAGCAUUUUGGGGGCCGAGGCAAAAUAGACCCCUGCCAGGUAUUUGUUGAAGUUGAAGUGCUAUCUGUUUUUAUAUUAGACUUUUUAUAUUUGCAAUAAAGUCCAAAAGUGAAGAAUUUAUGUUAUUUAUUACUUGAUUGUUCAAGCUACCUCACAGAAUUGAUCUGUUGUUAAAAAUUAAAAUAAAAAGGUAAUUAAAUAAAAAAAUAAGGAACAUUUUGGAACCGUUUCUUCCUUUUCUUUUUUUUAUGUAUCGAAAGUAUUGGAUUGGAACUCAGUAUCGGCAGAUUCUCAAAAUCAAAUGACUCGGACUCGGACUCGAGGGCAAAAAAAAAACCCGAUUGGGACAUCCCUACUAGAAACCACUGCAAAUGUGAUAAAAGAGUGAAUUUGGUCUUUAACGUGAUGAUGAGAAUAAUUUGAUGAUGCUUCAUGCUAAUGUGUACAAA